AUGCAAGAUACAGAACAGAACACCACAGAAGUGGUCUCUGGAGGGUCUCAGCCCUUGGAGAAGUCUCUUUUAGGGUCUGAGCUGUCCAAAGAGAACACAGAUAAAUUAUUGAAGGGAAAACCCAAAGUCCUUGGGGUUGUACAAAUUAUUAUUGCUCUCUUAGAGCUCAGCUUAGGAGGAACAUUGGCAAAUGUACAAGUUUACGAACCAACCGUUUUAACGGUCUUACAUGCCCAAGUUUGGGCGGCAAUUAUGGUCAUCAGCAGUCUGAUUUUUAACAUCAUCAGCUCUAUUCUGGCUGCAAUAGCAAGCAUAAUCGGUGUUAUCGGUAUCAUCAGGAGUGCCUCCUUUCCUUUUUAUCAAGAUGAAACUCUCAUGGCUAUAGACACCUCGAUUGUCAUUUUAAAUGUGCUAGAGUUCUGCAUUGCUGUGUCUGUCUCGGCCUUCGGAUGUAAAGUAUACCAUCGUAGCAACUUUGAGAUUCUAGCUCAACCAUCAUAUACUGAUGUGACAACAAUUAACAUCUCCCAUGAUACUUCAACAUCGGUACCACCAGAAAUUGAAGGAAAAAAGUUCCAGAAAAGCUAG